GUUCCAGUUUUUCUUGGAUCAAGAUUUUCUUGAAACUGAUUAACAUUGUUUGAAUAAUGGGUGAUUCAGGAAUCUUUUUAGGUAAAAUUACAGACAAAAAAAGAACAUGGUUUGUUGAAAAGACAGUCUAUAUUGUGGAUUUCUGUGACUUCCAUUUGAAGGAUGUCUUGCUGUGGAGGUUCUGAAGAGGACGUGGGCGGUACACCCUCGAAUAAUAUUACUACAGCACCACCUCGAGGACCGCCUUAUGGUGGAGGGAGUGAUAGAGGAGAGCCAAGGGGUUCUGGACCUGCAAAAAGUGGGGUUCCUCAAAAACCCGUGUCAAUUGAUAAACCAGCAUUGUCUUUGAAUGAACUAAAUAGGAUGACAGAUAAUUUCGGUACCAAGACUUUCAUUGGGGAAGGUUCUUAUGGUCGGGUCUUCUAUGGAAAACUAAGUACAGGAGAAGAAGCAGCAGUAAAGAAGCUGGAUACCAGCUCUUCACCUGAGCCCGACAAUGAUUUUACAUCCCAGUUAUCGCUCGUUUCAAGGCUUAAGUGUGAGUAUUUCGUUGAGUUGCUCGGUUAUUCCUUGGAGGCAAACAACCGUAUCUUGGUAUAUCAGUAUGCAACCAAGGGUUCUUUGCAUGACGUAUUACAUGGGAGAAAGGGUGUACAAGGAGCAGAACCUGGUCCAGUCCUCAACUGGGCUCAGAGAGUUAAGAUUGCCUAUGGUGCAGCUAGAGGUCUUGAGUAUCUACAUGAAAAGGUUCAGCCUCCAAUUGUUCAUCGUGAUGUUCGGUCCAGUAAUGUUUUAUUAUUUGAUGAUUUUCAAGCCAAAAUAGCCGAUUUCAACUUGAGCAAUCAGUCUUCUGAUACCGCAGCUCGACUGCAUUCGACAAGAGUGUUGGGAACUUUUGGCUACCAUGCUCCAGAGUAUGCGAUGACUGGACAAAUAACUCAGAAGAGCGAUGUUUAUAGUUUCGGGGUUGUUCUUUUGGAACUUUUGACGGGAAGGAAACCGGUUGACCACACGAUGCCCAAAGGACAACAAAGUCUUGUUACUUGGGCAACUCCAAGAUUAAGCGAGGAUAAAGUAAAGCAAUGUGUUGAUCCAAAGUUAAACAACGAGUACCCUCCAAAGGCAGUUGCUAAGAUGGCAGCUGUUGCAGCACUGUGUGUUCAAUAUGAAGCAGAUUUCCGGCCAAAUAUGACGAUUGUCGUCAAGGCUCUGCAGCCGCUCCUCCAUCCGAAACCACCGGGACCAGAGUCUCAAGCUUCAUAAAGCAAAUUUGUAGGAAACCACAUUUGAGUUUUUUUUUUGUUAAUCUACUUUGAAAACUUAGCUUGAAAUGUACAAGAACCAGCUAUGGAAAUGUGUAUUAUAUUGUUGAGAUCAUGAUCCCAGAAGUAGAAAUGGUAAAUAUUGACAUGUUCAAGAGUCUGAGAGACCCCAUUUGUUCAAAUUUCAAAGUUUUGUAGACCAUUUGUAGCAAGUAUUCAUGUAAGAAUGAAAGAUUUAAUACAAUUUUAAUUUCAUGACUGAAAAGGCGUGUCAGUUAUUGUUGUUGUGGUAAGAGCUUCUACAAUAAACUUCUUUUUGAAACGUUUUUUACAAAAGAGAUGGAACCCAGAAGAAAAAAAAAAG